AUGAUCAAGUAUUUUGAAGGUUACAAGCCUGUUAUAAUUACAAGGAGAGUUACUUGGCAACUUCCUUUCCAAGGAUGGUACAAAUGCAAUAUAGAUGGUGCAUCAAGGGGUAAUCCAGGCCCUAGCUCACUUGGAUUCUGUGUGAGGAAUGAUGAAGGGGACCUAAUUUAUGCAAGGGAAGUCGACUUGGGGGAGACAACAAAUGUAGCAGCUGAGGCUAGGGCCAUUGUUCAAGGGCUGGAAUAUUUUGUUGAACAUAACCUUCACCCUCUCAUUUUGGAGACAGAUUCAUUAGUGAUGAAGAAGGUGAUUGAAGGGGAAUACUGCCUGAACCUGUUCUUUUGGGCUACUGAUAAGUACAGGCUAAGAGAUCAAAAUGCAAUGGUCUCACAUGAGUACAUAGCACACAAAAAGGAAGCCGAAUCUGCACAUUUGUUCCUUCAUCUGUUUCACAACCCAUUUCUUAUGCAUGACCUUAGUGUUGAGGGAGCAGAUGACAAACUUUCUGAAUGGUUUUUGCUAGAAUGGAACUCAUUGGAUCAACAUGAAAGAUGGGGAGAUUUUGCUAAUUUCAAUCGAUUGGUGUAG